AUGCGUUGUAUUGAAAGCUUUCGUUAUCGAGCUAUUCUUUUUGUAACAUUAUUACAAAUUAAUAAUGUAGUUCAUUCGAAAAUUACUGAAAAAGAUCUUUCAAAAUCUAUUUUGGAUUUUACAAUUGGUUUUAGUCGUCAUCAUUCAUCACCAGAUAUUGUUGGUCGUCGAAGUCUUGUUUGGUCACCAUUAAGUCUCUAUGAAGCUAUGUUAAUGGUCGGUGAAGGUGCUGAUGGAAAUACAUUUAAUGAAUUACAACAUAUAACACAUUUACAAAAUAAAGAAUCUUAUCGUGAAUGGUCAUCGAGUUUUUUAAAUGAUGUUAAAAAGAAUUUUAAAGAUAUUCAACGUUAUAAUAUCUCAUUAAAUAUUGCUAAUCGUCUUUAUGCUGAUAAUGAUUUUAAUUUAGAUGAUGAAUUUAAUAAGAAUUUAGAAAAAUAUUAUCAAAGUCAAUUAGAAUUAAUUAAUUUUGAUAAGGCACAACUAUCAGCUGAUCAUAUUAAUCAAUGGAUAUCAAAUCAAACAAAUAAUAUUAUAAAAAAUGUUUUAAAAGCAAGCGAUAUACAUCCAAUGACACGUCUUAUGAUUGUUAAUGCUUUACAUUUUAAAGCACCAUGGGCUAAAGCAUUUGAUUCGGAUUUAACGACAAAAGAAAAUUUUACAUUAAGUACAGGUCGUUUAAUUCAAUUACAAACAAUGCAUUUAGUAUCACAUUUUUCUUAUUAUUAUGAUAAAAAACAUAAAUCUCAAUGGAUUAAUAUACCCUACAAAGGAAAUAAUCGUUAUGUAUUAACACUUGCUUUACCAGAUAAAGAUAUUGAAUUACGUGUAUUAGAAAAGAAACUUUUACGUAAUUCAAAAAUUUUAUCCAAUAUAUUUAAUUCACUUGAUAAUCGUACAAAUGUAAAUACACGUGUUCAAUUAUCAUUACCAAAAUUUCGUAUUGAAUCAUCAUUAGAUUUUGUUAAACACUUUAAACAAUAUUACAAUGUUAAAAUACCUUUUGAUGCUGAUAAAGCUGAUUUUAGUUUAAUGAGUUCAGGACGUGCACGUGAUUUAUUCAUAUCAAAAAUUAUACAUAAAGCAGUUAUUGAUGUUGAUGAAGCUGGUACUGAAGCAGCUGCUGUUACUGUUGUUCAAAUGCUAUCUCGUUCGGGAAUGUUUUUACAUGAAGAUCCUGUUCAACUAACAUUUUCACGACCUUUUCUAUUUUAUUUACGUGAUAUUAACAUAAAAGUACCUCUGUUUAUAGGUAGAUUUACUGGAAUGUCUAUGCCAUAA